UCAGAAAAUCACUGUUCAAAACAGAUCAACAUUUUCUCCUGAUUUCUGGAAUCUUCUUAUCCGAUGGCCCAAUAAACUAACCUCAAGUAUAUACAUAUUCUCAGGUUUGCCAGAACCGACCAAUCAACAUCAUGCUUCCGUCCUUUCUGAGCAUCGCCUCCCUAUACAACGGCUACCUCCGCCGCUGCUUCGCGGCGGCGGGACUCUCGUCGCAGAUCAUUAACGUCGAUGAUGAAACCACCGUUCAUUUCUGGGGUCCCGAACCGAAACCGAGAAAUGAAACAAACCCGAACCAGAAACCUUCCCUGGUUCUGAUUCACGGGUUUGGUCCUUCGGCUAUCUGGCAAUGGCGUCAGCAAGUUCAAUUCUUGGCUCCUCACUUCAACUUGUACGUUCCUGACCUAAUAUUCUUCGGGGAAUCGACAACGAAAUCGAAAGAGAGAAGCGAAACGUUUCAGGCUGCGUGUGUGGGGAAACUGCUUGACAAGUUAGAAGUGAAGAGGUUCCACGUGGUUGGGACGAGCUAUGGUGGGUUCGUGGCUUACCAUUUGGCGAAGAAUUUCGGGGAAGAGAGGGUUGAGAAAGUGGUGAUUGCGAGUUCUGGUGUUAACAUGAAAAAGAAUCACAACGUGGCUUUGUUGCAGAGAGCUGAAUUGGACAAGAUUGAGGAUCUCAUGUUGCCUUCUACGCCAGGACAUUUGCGCAAAUUGAUGUCCUUGUCUAUUUCCAAGCCGCCCCCCACUAUGGUGCCAGAUUUUUUCUUGAAAGACUUCUUAAAUAAAUUAUACUCAGAAAAUAGGAAGGAAAAAAUGGAGCUUCUAGUUGGGUUAUCCCUCGGAAGGGAGGAUUCUCCGGACAUUUCACCUCUUAAACAGGUAGGAAUAGUGUUGUAUUGUAUCUAUCUGCCUCAGGAGGUUCUCGUAAUCUGGGGUGAAAAUGACCAGGUAUUUCCCGUGCAGAUAGCCAAAGAACUGAAAGAGGUAAUCAGUAAGAAGGCAAGAUUGGAAUUCAUAAAGGAGGCAUCCCAUGUACCUCAAAUUGAAAAGCCUGGAGAAUUCAACAACAUUGUCCUAAAUUUCUUGCGCUCAAGUUCUUGAACAUUUUUUUUUAUCAGUGCUGCUAUAUGCAUUAAGAGCAUAUUUCGUAUAUAUCAGUUUUCUUUUUCAUUUUUGGUGAAACUAUUAUUCUUCUUCUUCAGACAAUCAAACAAUAAUUAGCUUUCAUUAACAAUUAAAUAUAAUUUAUAAUGUCAUGUUUCGAAUU